CGUCAACUACGACGAAGACGAAAUGGCAGAAACAUCUCAAGUCAAUAUAACAUCAGGUUUAGAUAGAGCGGGAACAUUACAACAAUCAGUAUCAGCAGGUGUGAUACAUGACAAGAUUACCAUUCUACCAGGUCAUGAACCAGAUUAUUCAGCUUGCACUUUUUGUUUAUGGAAUGAAGAUCAUACGUUGGGAAACGCUUUACGGUGGAUGUUGAUGAAAGAUCCCGAUGUAGAAUUUUGCGGUUAUAGCGCUCCUCAUCCUUCCGAUCCGAAGAUUCAUCUUAGAGUACAGAUGUACGACAAUCUAUCCGCCGUGGAAUGUCUGAGAAAAGCUUUGAAGAAUCUGAGAGAAUUAUUUCAAUCGAUCGAUUCGGCUUAUUCCAAAUCUCUCCAACAGGGGAAAUAUAUACAAGAAGAUGAUGUUGAUGUUCGGGCUGUGGUAGCUGAGACAUUGGAAGAGCGCGCACGAGCUAUGGACAUAUCAUAGUUUCUUUAUCACAUCUCGAGAGUAAUCUGGUAUUGGUAAUGUCAUCAUCGUAUGUAUCUGUAAAUCGCAAUGUAACAUUUAUAUCAUGU